UAUAUUCAGAAUGGAAAAAAUUGAUCGGAGAAGCUGCAGUACCCUAGCUAAAACCUUGGGAACAAUAGUUUCAAUAUCAGGGGCUUUCAUUGUGACUCUUUACAAGGGACCCCCACAACUGAUGACAGCCUCAGUUGAUUUAUUGUCUCACAAUAAACUUUUCUUGCCACAGUCGAAUUGGGUCAUUGGAGGAAUGCUCCUUGGGUUUUAUUGUGUGGUGGCUGCAGCAUUUCUUAUCGUACAGGGAGUUUUUGGCUCAGCAUUCCAGGUUGGACUUUUUAGUCUUGUUCCGCUUCGCAAGGUUAUGGUUAUGUAUUACAAACUUACAUACCCCAGUGGGACUGCCACAACAAUGUUGAUCAAUAGCUUUCACACUAAAAGUGAUGCAGAGCUUGCCGGGAAGCAAGUGCAAUGUCUUGGAAAGUAUCUAAGCAUGAGUUUAAUUUGGAGCUGCUUUAAGUGGUUCUUCAGUGGUAUUGGAGAUUCAUGUGGGUUUGACAACUUUCCUAGCCUUGGAUUGACACUUUUUAAGAACACGUUUUAUUUCGACUUCAGUCCUACUUAUGUCGGAUGUGGUCUUAUUUGCCCUUACAUAGUCAACUGUUCAGUACUUCUUGGGGCUAUCAUAUCAUGGGGUUUCCUUUGGCCUCUCAUAUCCCAACAUGCUGGGCAUUGGUAUCUAGCUGACCUUGGUAGCAAUGAUUUCAAAGGUCUUUAUGGAUAUAAGGUCUUCAUAGCUAUUGCCCUUAUUUUGGGGGAUGGUCCAUACAAUUUGAUCAAGAUUAUAGCCAUUACUAUCAAGGAAAUAUGCAAUAAAAGUAGUAAACAGAGCAAUCUUCCUUUGGUUAAAGAAAAGUUGGCAGAUGGUGAGAGUUCUGAAGUAACCCUGGAACAAAAAAAGAGGGAUGAGGUAUUUCUCAAGGAUAGAAUACCAAACUGGGUUGCCGGUUCUGGAUAUGUGGCCCUGGUUCGACAAACUACCUAAAGUAAAACCGCUUCCGUUAAGGCUUAUACAUGUGUUUAAUUGGACAUCUAGUAUGUCGAUAUAUGCCUUAAUUCAAUACUUUGAAUAAAUAGGGCGUACCUAAACAACCGGGUGAGGUUGAGUGUGGCUAUUAUGUUAUGCGAUACAUGAAGGAAAUUAUAGAGGA